AUGAAGCCAAAGGCAUGGGUAUACAGAUUCCCAAUACCCCAACGAUAUCGUAACGUCAUCGGGUCUAUCUUCGAGUUGGUUAUGACGGAGGGCGAGUAUUACGAGCUAGCCGAACCCUUGUUGAGUGGACUCACCGCCACGGAAAUCUCUUUGAUAGCGCACCUGCUGGGAGUCACAGAACAAUUCCUCUACGCCAGCAGAUAUCUGAAUCCGCUCAGGGAGCAGGACCCUUUCAUGGUCUACUUUGAGCCACUGAUCAAGAAGGGACUGCAAGUCUUAAUUCUUGGUAGCGAUAUUCUGGAUUUAAUGAAGGGAAUCCAGCGUCCGGCGACGUACUGGGGCAGUCGAAUUGCGGAGGUAGAGACCAAUGGCGGACUCAUACAUACGCCUGAAAUCUGGAUCGUGGCAAUAACCCCCAACCAGCCCACGUACGAAGCGCCAACAGAGCUCGCGGCAUCUGAAGAGCCAUUUGACGCCUUAGUCCAGCCUGUGGAGAGCAAAUACAUGUACAGAGACCCCGAUACGAGCAUGCCGGUGAUGUGGUUAAAGGGUACGGGCGUAUACUUGAGACAUCGACAUCCUCAAAUGGAGACUCAACGGUCGAAAUACAUGUGUACCGUGGAAUCUUCCUCUUUUGCGAUCGAUUGGGAUGAUCUUUACCAAGACAUACGGCCCGGCUCUACCCUACCCUACAUCGACGCUUCAGGAGAACCCCACACGAUCAAAUUUUCAGAGCAUGAUACGGCGAUGGAAUUCAAGUCGGAUACCCAUAAUGAAGAUCGCUCGGUUGUUUUGUGGAAGAGAAUGUACGGUCCGGAGGCGAACGCGGUAUUCAAUGGCAGGGUGCUAGACAGAAAUGGGAGGAAUAUUUUGGGAGAGGUUGAGUUUGCUUUCAAGUUCCCUUUUCAGAGUAACAUAUAA